GUGGGAACCAGGUGGGAACCAGGUGGGAACCAGGUGGGAACCCCGCCAGAGCGCCGGCUCACCUCGCCUCACCUCCACCUGGGGACAGCAGAACUUCCUCCUCCGGCACGUCGUCCGUCCCUUCCUGGCUGACCAUGCGGAGAUUCAGCUCGGAGGGAUCCCUCCUGGACCUGGACUUCCUGCCGUGGAAGAAGGUGGCGCUGAAGAGCUCCUGCUGCGGAGCCAAGCGGGACUCGGGCACGUACGCCCCCUACGUGGCGAAGGAUGAGCUGGACGGGGGGUCAGGGGGGGCGGGGGGGCCGCCCCCUUCCAUCCAGGAGCCCCGGACGAGCCCCGGCGGGGGCAGGGGCGAGCUGACCCGGGAGCACAGCGUCAGUGUGCAGAAUCUGAGCGGGCUGGGCAAACAGGACCAACUGGACCAGAACCUGCUGCGGGUGACCGCCAUCAGCGAGGGCUGCCGGGCCUACAGCGACAGCCAGCUGGCGCCGGACCCCAAGGGCAGCACGGAGAGCAUGGACCUGGCUCCGUCGACGGCGUCGUCGUCCUGGAAACCCCAGAACCGGCACCACCACCGGGCCCGGCUGUCUGCCGCCAAGGUGCACCUGCGGAGUCUGUUCGGCCAGAGUCCUCAUUCAUCCAACUCAAGUCUGAAUGCAGAGCAAAAAGACAGUGCCAAAGAGAGGAGGUCUCGUCACCUCUUCAUGCGUCAGUGGAGUCAGGUCGGUCAUGGGAAGAAGAGCAAGAUCAGCCGUGAGGAGCUGGAGAAGUGGGGGGAGUCCCUCAACACGUUACUGGCCAGCCCAACUGGUGUUUCAGUUUUUGGAGCGUUCCUGCGCUCAGAGUUCAGCGAGGAGAACCUGCAGUUCUACCUGGCCUGCGAGCAGUACAGAAACUCAUCCAGCAACUUCAGCCUUGGGAGGAGGGCCAAAGACAUCUGCGCUACCUACAUCGUAGCAGGAGCCCCCCGCGAGGUGAACUUGGACAGCAAGACUCGGGACCUGACCAUCGAGCUGCUCCAGGCUCCUUCCCACAAUUCCCUGCUCCACGCUCAGAAGCGAAUCUACUUGCUGCUGGACACAGAUUGUUUCCCACGAUUCCUCCAGUCCACCAUCUACCAGUCCUUAUUGCAGGGAGAUGAUGACUAACAGCCACGUGCAAGGGCCGAUCGUGGGAACGGCGGAUCCAGGACUUCUGGAUAACUGAGACUCCGAUACGUUAGGACACAAAUCCUCUGAGGGAAACUGGAUAUGGAGCACUGCAGAAAUGUGGACACUGAGUGUGAGGUGGACUGGACUUGAGGAACAGGUGACCAGUUUGAUUGAGACGUUUGUGCAGGGAACCAGUAACCAGUGAAUGGUCCUAGAUGGUGAAAUAAAGCCAGAGUGCCCCAGCUGUC